AAAAAUGUAAAACAAAGGCCAAAUGAUUUCAAGAAAAUGAUUCAGGAAGUGAUGCAGUCCCUUGUGAAGCUCAUCCGCGGAGCCUUGCUCCCAUUUACUAUUAGUGAAGAGGACUUAAAGCAGUAUGGUGGCUGGGAGUUAAAGAGUGAACUGUCUGGGCCCUGGUUAGCUCAUGUUGUCAAGACUGUCAGGCUUAGUUAUGAAUCUCUGACAGCACUUGAGAUCCCCAAUGACAUGCUGCAAUCCAUACAAGAUCUUAUCCUUGAUUUACGAGUUCGUUGUGUCAUUGUCACCUUACAACAUACAGCAGAAGAGGUAAAACGACUAGCUGACAAAGAAGAUUGGGUUGUUGAUAACGAAGGCUUAACAUCUUUGCCAUCUCACUUUGAGCAGUGUGUUCUCCAGUCCUUGCAGUCACUAAAAGGAGUUUUGGAAUGCAAGCCUGCCGAAGCCAGUAUAUUUCAGCAUCAGAGAACACAGGAUGAUGUGUGCCUUCUCUGUAUCAACAUCAUACAGGCCUUUAUUUCCACUCUGGAAUAUCUAAGUACCAAGCCUGACGGAGAAGUGGAUACAAAGCACAUUCACGAAGAGCCAGCAAUAACAUCUGAGAAACGACUUUUAAUUGUCCUGAGCAAUUGCCGGUACCUGGGAAGACAUACACUGCUGAACAUUGCUGAACAUUUUGAGAAGCAUGCCUUCCAAGGAAUAGAGAAGAUAACUCAG